UCAGCUUCAAGCACCAUGGGUCCUGUCAGUCUCUUCUUCCUCGUACUUGCAACUGCAGCACCGUUGUUCUCCGCGGCACAAGGCUUUGGCUAUCCGACAGCCAACCUCUCGACGCUGUGGAUCAACAACAACGCCUCCCUCCCGCACGUCCACUACAGAGGAGGUUUAGCUGUGCGCCCCAUCCUCCUCCGUUCACAAAGUAAUAAAUACUAUAGCCAGUCCUUUGCCACGGGAUUCUUCUGUGCCCCACCUUGCGACAAGUUCUACUUUGCCGUGUUCAUUGUCCAAACCAACGCUGACACCCGUAUAGUUGAUGGGAAUCCACCGGUGGUCUGGUCGGCCAACCGGGCUCGUCCUGUCAGGGAGAAUGCCACCGUUGAGCUAACUUCGGAUGGAGAAUUGGUCCUUCGAGAUGCUGAUGGUAGCCUGGUCUGGUCGACCGGUACCUCACGGCGGUCGGUAGCUGGCAUGAUGAUCACCAACAUCGGCAAUCUGGUGCUGUUUGAUUUGAUGAAUGCAACUGUAUGGCAGUCAUUUGAUCAUCCUACCGACGCGUUGGUCCCUGGACAGUCACUUCUGGAGGGCAUGAGGCUCACAGCAAGUACAUCUGCAACAAAUUGGACAGAGAAUCAGUUUUAUGUCACUGUACGCGCGGAUGGUUUGUAUGCUUACAUUGUGUCCGCACCACCACAGAUCUACUAUAUGGCGGAAUCAAACGACAACAAGGAAGGAAAUGAUACAACAAAGGUUACAUUCAUGAAUGGCAGCCUCAGCAUCUUUGUCGACCCAAAAUAUCAAGAUAUGAAUAGCAUCUCAUUGCCAACAGCUAGGGCCACCCAGUUCAUGAGACUAGAGUCUAAUGGCCACCUUUGGAUGUAUGAAUGGAAUACUGGGGAAGAAACAUGGCCUGCUGUGUAUGAUGUAAUGAAGCCAAAAUUUGGUGAUUGUGGUUUCCCAACUGUGUGCGGGGAGUAUGGAAUAUGCACAGGCAGGAAGUGCACCUGUCCCCUUCAGGAUAACAAUAGUUCAGGCUACUUCAAGCCGAUUGGUGGCCCCGAAGAAAGUCUUGGUUGCACACCCCUGAACCCAAUCUCUUGUCAAGAAAUGCAGCAACAUCGGCUCUUAACCCUUAACGAAGUUUCUUACUUUGAUUUGAGCGACCACAUUAUGAAUGAAACCAACCAAGAUGAUUGUAAACAAGCCUGCUUGAAAAACUGCUCCUGCAGGGCCGUCACCUUCAGGUUUUACCAGAAUGAAACCGAAGGUUAUUGCCGGUGGGUGACCAAGGUCUUCUCCUUGCAAUCAAUAAAAUUUGAACCUCUUGAUUACAACAACUCUGUUUUCAUCAAGGUGCAGCUUGGCCCUUCCAACUCAGCUGCUGCAAACAACAGCAACCUCAUUUUAGGCACUACAAUCCCAGCUAUUAUUAUUGUUGUAUUACUUGCUAUUGCUGUCACCCUUUAUUUACAGAGGAGAGCAUAUUAUGACAAGAAAGAUGAAGACUUCAAUUUUGAUCAAUUUGCUAGAAUGCCGGCCAGGUUCUCUUUUCAGAAGCUAAGAGAAUGCACUCAGGGGUUCAAUAAAAAACUUGGAGAAGGUGGAUUUGGAUCUGUUUAUGAAGGGAAAUUAGGUGAAGAGAGAGUUGCAGUGAAACGUUUGGAAAGUGCUAGACAAGGAAAGAAAGAAUUCUUGGCAGAGGUAGAGACAAUUGGAAGCAUCGAACACAUCAAUCUUGUCAGGCUGAUUGGCUUUUGUGCAGAGAAAUCUCAGAGGCUUCUAGUAUAUGAAUAUAUGCCAAGAGGGUCACUUGAUAGGUGGAUCCAUUACCGCCACAACAAUGCCCCACUCGAAUGGUGCACGCGGUGUAGAAUCAUUCUGGAUAUUGCCAAAGGCCUAUGCUAUCUUCACGAGGAGUGCAGGCGAAAGAUAGCUCAUUUGGACAUCAAACCGCAAAAUAUUCUCUUAGAUGAGAAGUUCAACGCCAAAGUGGCUGAUUUCGGGCUAUCUAAGUUAAUAGACAGGGAUCAAAGCAAGGUAAUGACGGUGAUGAGAGGCACGCCUGGGUAUCUGGCACCUGAAUGGUUAACCUCGCAAAUCACUGAGAAAGUUGAUGUCUACAGCUUUGGAGUUGUUGUCAUGGAACUAAUAAGUGGGAGAAAAAAUAUUGAUAAUUCUCUGCCUGAGGCGAGUUCCAACCUCAUCAAUUUGUUACGAGGAAAGGCUCGAGAUAAUCAAUUGAGUGAUCUGAUUGACAAGCAUAGUGAAGACAUGCUCUCACACCAGGAGCAAGUGAUUCAAAUGAUGAAGCUUGCAAUGUGGUGCUUGCUAAAUGAUGGCUGUCAAAGGCCUUCCAUGUCAACGGUGAUCAAGGUACUGGAAGGUGUGACAAGCAUAGAAAGUGCAAUUCUUAACAGAUUUAUCGAUGCAAAUUCAGUCAUGCCUGUUCAAGAUAAUAUAUCCGCAUAUUCAGUUCAGCCUCAAGCAUCAACCUUAUCGGGACCAAGGUGAAAUGGGCGCCUAAUGAGAAGAAGACAUCCAACUUCAUUAUUCACUUGGUUUGUAAUUGUUUUUAAAUCUUAUCCAUUUUGUAGUUUGGAAGUGUAUUUUAAACAGUGUGAAAAGAAUAAUUCCCAGCAAAUAUAUGUGUUUGAUUGUUUGGUUAAGUUGUACCGCAUAGAUUUUCAUCUGCGGAGUACCAGUCACCUCAUCUGGUAGCCAAAAAUAUAUUUGUCAACUGGUAAACUUGGAAAUUACUUGUGAUGUAACUAACACUAUAAAUAUAUGGAACAUUGAAUUCCAGAAUUUUGCAAAUAACUUUAUGAACCUGAUGGGGAUGAGCACCGUAGGGAUCUAAGGAGAAAGAUGGGACUAUAGACCAGGAUGACAAACUUGAGACGAAAGAAAAAUUAUGUGAUUUUUCUAAAGUUUUCCAUAGUCAAUACUAAAGGAUUAAUGAUGCUAAUAGAGUUGGUACAUUAAAUUGUAAAUUUCUAGGUCAAGCCAGUAAAAUAAACAUGUCACUAUGUCAGUCUCAUAUCUCAAAAUAAUAAUACCAAUCUUUUUUAAAAAUUCAGAAGCAACACUACAUAUAUUCUUGCAAACAAAAGUUGACUAUCCUCUUUCGUAUGUGGGCAUGGAGCCAUCACUAUAUGGGAUGCCACAGGGUGAGGGGAGGGGGCGCUGGCCAGGCUUUGGGACAAGUCCACUGGUUUGUUGCGCCCAUGUCAAUGAGAUUAAAAGAUAAAAGACGAAUCCGUUAGAGUCGAAUAAAAACUGUGAUCCUUCUGACAUUAGUAUGUACGAGUCCAGCAGUCAAGUAACUAAACUUCAGUCAGAGAGAGAAGAAAGUAACUAAACUAAUUUCUUUUCUAAUAAGACUGGUUAGUAGGUGAUGGUGCCGACUACAGAGUUGGUACUUAGAUGAAAAAUUCUUUUCUAAUAAAACUGAAACAAUGUCAAGA